ACAAUGGGCAGAAGACUGCCUACCUCACAGAGGCCCAACAACUCCCAACACACAGAAGAAGAGUACUCUGAAUCAGAUGAGCUUACCCUCACUUAUGAUCCCAUGGCCCCUCUCACCAUAGGAAUCCUACGAGGUAUGCUGCACAAGGCCACGGCCGAUAUCAAAUCACACGUGGUGGUCGAAAUCAAUAAGCAACUG